AUGACAAAACCAAAAAUCUACCUAUAUGCCGAGGCGUUAAUGCAUAUCCGUCAGCUCACACUACAUGCCUCCCUCCAGACGGACAAAAACGAACACACUAAAAUAUUCAUCUCGUCAGACAAGCAGAUCAUCACAGCCAUUCACGAUGGUGAAUCCUCUAGCAUCUAUCUUCCUACUCAGAUAUCAGGCACUGCAGAUGUGACUUUUCCUACUGAGAAAAGGACCGAAAUCUCUGCUCGAGUACAGAUUGAUGAUGCCGACCAAUUGAAGGCUGGGUCCGAAGAUCUGGCCGGUGUGGAAGUUCCAUGGUGUGCCACUGACCUAUCGGACACCACGUCUGCCGAAUGCAAGAGUUGCAACAGCAGAAUUCUGGAUGGUGGCAAGAUCACCAUUUGGAAAGAUCUGCCAAGUGAUCACUGGGCAGACUUGAUGGACGUCUGGUUCUGUCACAAGCCUCACAAUGACCACUCUCAUGACCAGCAUGCCGCUGAGGCUAAAGGCUUCUCUGCUAAAAGCAAGAUCACUGCUCAACCGGGCACUGGGUUAGUGGACGCUGUAUCAUUUCUGCUCAAUCAAGCCGAUUGUUCUGGUAUUCAGGAACGAGAUUUGUCCCAUCAGAAUGGCACCACCCUGCAUUGUGCAUCAUGCAAUACUGCCCUCGGUUCUAGCCAAGAAGAUGGCUAUUUCAGGUUGUAUAAAUCAAGAUUAGUACUGAAGACAGUCCAAGGCCUAGAACCGCAGAAAUUCCCUCCAUCUGUGUUUAUCUGUAGCCAAUUGCUGUCCUUGAUUGAGAGUACAGUCAGUCGCAAGAUUGUGCUUCACAGCGAAACUCAGAUGGAGAGGGAAACUGGAGGCGGUUCCGGAGGGCUCAUCCUCUGGAUUUUCAAUCCAGACCUUUACUAUUCGAGUUCGAGUCGGGGACCUACCGUUCACCGUGCAAUGAAGGUCUUUUACAAAUCUCUUCUGGAAAUUGGAGAAUUCUUAGACGAAAACUCCAAUACCCACGAAGAGCUAACCGUACCACCAGAAGAUUUGGAGGAUUUCAAGAAGACGUUACAUGAUAGUACCACAAUUCUCCCACAAUCUGCAAGGUCGUUUCAGGAUUGGGGAGUUGGUCUAAUUGAUCGAUGGGAGAAGAACGCGACUGGUGCUUCAUGGAUGGACAAGAACCCACUCAACAAAAAAGUGGAUCCAGGAUUCGAAGCUUUCAAACUCCCCGAAGGCAUGCAAGAGCUCUACUUGUGA